UAUAGAAAGCAGAGUGGAAAACGGUAUCUCAAAGCGACUGAAUAAAUAAAGAAACAUUGCGCUUGUAAAAUGGAAAUAGUAAGAGGAAGAAGACAGGAGGUUCAGGUAACGCGGAUACGUGAUCUUCGACGGUAAAAAAAUGACGAACAAUUUACUAAUAUUCAUUCCUCAAACCCUGUGCGCCGAACGGUCCGGUUAUAUACUUGGCAAGGUGAUACACGAUGCCCGCGGCGACCUGAAAAAGUUCUACGUCGUCAGCUUGCGUAGGGUCGCCUCGGUAGAGCUAACCACCAAGUCUACGUUAGGCGUCAUCGGUUAUUAUUCCAGUGGGAACGACGCGAUCGAGGAACCUUCGGAACGUAAGCACAAUUGGGUGCACAUCGGGACGAAGCCGUCCAAGGACGGGCGCGACAACGAGUAUCGUCUGCUGAAUGUCGUUCUUAACAAUAAGAAGAUGGAUCUGUCAGCGAUGCGCACGAUCCUCGUUCUGUACAAUCAGCAGGUGUUGCGGGAGACAGAAUUGUUCGUGAGCGAGACAGCGUCGGGCGAUCACUUUCACGAACUCGCGAGGCUGAUACAAGACAAGAAGGAUGAGCUGAGGAUCAAAUCCAGAUUUGUUCGCACCUGGGAGACCUUGUUGACCUGUCAUAUGUCCCUCUACUUAUAUCCCGUCUUGUUACUGUCCAAGGUGACGGAGAGACUAUUGCCGGUAUUGAAGUACUCCUACCUCGGCUUGCACGUCUACGACUGGCUGGAGAAUGUCAAGUGGAUGCUAGCGACGGUCGUACGGGACGGGAACUUUAAACUGAAAACGGGAAAUUACGCGCUGGCAAUUGUGAUGGAUAUGGCGCUAGGAAUCUUUGUACUGCGAUUGUUGCAAUAUUAUAUCGAGGAUCAGCCGUCGCAGCUUCUGCUAAACAAUGCGGAGAAAGUUGUGGAGACUCUGAGGGACCUGAUUGACUGGUUGAUGGGUGUACCAGCUGGCCUGAAGCUCAACCAUGCUCUGAACAAUACUAUGGGAAAGUUCUUCCUGUAUCACAUACAGCUCUGGUGGACAUUUUUAAUAUUUUUGAAGCCGCUUCUGGAUCUCGCGUUCCAAGUACUGCUCUUGUUCGGAAGACUGGGCAUCACGUUUCAAAUAUCCAUCGUUGCGGAUCUUUUGGCUCUCGUUAGCUUCCACACGUACUGCAUCUACGUUUAUGCAGCAAGGCUCUUCAAUAUUCAGCUGAGAGGGAUCACGGCCCUCUUUAGACUGUUCCUCGGGAAGAAGAAGAAUCCCUUGCGCGAGAGAGUGGACUCCUGUCAGUAUCAAACGGACGAACUGUUCGUCGGGACACUGUCAUUCACCAUUCUCCUGUUCCUGAUGCCCACAACGUGGGUGUACUAUACCGUAUUUACCAUGCUCAGAUUGGUAUCAAUCGCAUUCGGUGGUUUUCUGACCAGACUGAAGUUUUAUCUGCAAGUUAUGCCCGUUUACACCUUUUGGAAGUGGCUGCUACGAUCUUACAGCACUUGCAGCAUCGUUGACAUCAGACUGCAUCCUUGCUGCACCGAAGGACUAACAGUUCUGUCUAUGACCAUGGUUGUCGCGCCAUGGAGGCUCACGUGGAAAAAGUGCAUCCCAGAUACGAUCGUUUGCCAUCCGUCCAUCGAGUGGGGCACAAUAUUGAAUAACGUUAUAUGGGGCCAUUUAUUAUAUCCGUUAUAAAAAUCUAUGUUAAACAUCUAUAUUUUUCGUUUACAAUAAAAGACAUCUUUUAUUUA